UUUCCAAUGAAAAUUUAUUGCUUAAUUUACUUGUGGCAAAAUUCGACGGAAAGUUCAAAAAAUGGAAAAUAGCAAUUCGACUCGCACUGCGAUUCCAAAAACUGAAACUUCAAUGUCCGAGAAGAAAAAGAAACCCGACAGCCUAAGAGCAGAAACUCCACAACCGAAAAGAUCUACAGGCAUUAAGGAUGUAAUCGAUAUAAUCUGGGCUGCUCUCAUCUUCGUUCUCAUGAUUGUCGUUCGGUUCCUUCAUUCUGCAUUCGAGAUUCUUUCCGACAUAUUUGUGAAAGUCUAUCGUAUUCUUAUCUUUUGCUACCGUAAACCAAAUCAUGCAAAAGAGCUCUUCAAAUCAACUCUCAAUAUUAUCAAAGUAUCCUAUGAUGCUGAGAUCUGGACUUGGACUGAUAUGUGGGAAAUCUUCAAGUCUCAUUUGGUAACUCCAAUGACAAAACAGCCACCCGCACGUCCAGCUCCUCAAUCUGCUAAACAAAAAUAGGAAGGAAGAAAUACAACAUUGAAACGAGGAAACUAAUAAAGCUUGUCGAUUUAAAAUU